AUGGCCUCUUUGAAGAAGUCCUUUGAGAGCCUGAAAGGCACGAGCCAGUCAGCUGCAAAAGGAGUCACAGAUACUGCAGGUACAGAGAUGAAGCUAUGAGAUUGAACUGGGGCCGAUGAAAGACUCAAUAGAGAAAAAAAAACAUUUAUUUUGUCGUCGGGUUUUUGAUCUUUUUUGCUUAUUGAAUCUUCAUGUUUAAUCUUACGUUUGUUUUCCUCUCAAUGUAUAGAGAUUCUGAGAAGUUUGUAUGUUAAACAAAUGUAAAGCGUUAAAAGCAAUAUAUGUUAAAUGCUUUGGUUUUCCUCCUGAGGUCAAUCACUGUAUGUCUGUCAUGUGUUUUUAGUGCAGGCAGCUCAAGAAGCUGUUCAGCAGGUGGCAGACUCAUCUAAAGAAACUGCUAAUACUGGUAAAGUGCACAACUCUCUGUUUUUGACUCUUCACGGUGUUCAUAGACUGAUUAUUUCAUGCAGCAAAUGGUGUAAAAAGAAGACUUGCCCCAAGUGUAAAAACUAAACUAACUAAAAAAAGUGUAAAAAGCCCCCAAAUGUCAUCAAAAUCACUCUGUCCUUUUCGUUUUGCAGAUUUGGGUUGCAAAAAGUGUGUAUCUAAACACUACGUGCUAUUGAUUAAAUGAUUGCGUAUUACCAUGUGUGAUAAACUGACUUAAGAAACAGUUUAAACACGAUGCAAAAAGUAAUUGAGUGGAUGAAUCUCCCUAUGGGACACAACUUUUUUGAUGUGUGCAUCUAAUCUUUAGAUUAAGAGGCCUUAUCUUUAUUCCCAUUAGCUCCCAUUUGAGUGUUUUAAGUUUUACAGUCUUUAUGAAACACUGGAAAACUGUAUUUUUCUCCUGACUACCUUUCCUCUGCUUCACUCUCUGUCUCUUUGUAGCUGCUCAAGAAGCCAGCAAACAGACCAAGGAAGCCAUUGGAAAAGCUGCCGACAAAGCCACUGACACCAUUAAGGAGAUUGGACAGAAACUGGAAAGCAAAUGA